UCGAGCUUCUUCUAAUACACACCAGAGGGAUCUACACGUUAUAGCGGUUUCCGAAUCCAUUUGUCAAGAGUGUUUCAAAAAGGAAAGUUUAGGCUUUAUGUCAGGAAUUACUGUCCGGACAGUGCGAUGGGAACUUCAGCUCGUGCAUGUUAAGCGCGUCAAUGUAGAGCAUCUAUAAAGUGUACGGAGUCAAGUGGUAUCCUGAUCACGAAAAACCGGACAGGACUGAAUAGACAUGGAUACCUUCUUUGUUGAGGGAGCUCGUGUGUGGGUUCGAGACCAGGAGCAGCUCUUGCCCUCCACCGUCAGCUGUUGUGAUGACCGAACCCUCAUCUUCACAACCGACUACGGAGAGGUGAUCACUCUGGAUCAGGGUGAGAUGAACAGGCUCAAGGUUUUACCCAUGCAUCCCACCAGCAUCAGUGGAGUGGAGGACAUGUCCACUCUGGCCGAAUUACAUGAGGCCUCCAUCAUGCACAACCUCUACCUGCGUUACCAAAAGGACCUCAUUUAUACUAACAUUGGCUCCAUCCUGGCGGCCGUGAACCCUUAUAAACAGAUAGAAGAUCUUUAUGACACAAAGGCAGUGGAUGUGUACAGCAGACAUCACCUGGGUGAACUACCUCCACACAUUUUUGCUGUAGCCAACGAGUGUUACUGCUGUCUGUGGAAGAGACAUGAUAGUCAGUGUGUGCUCAUCAGUGGAGAGAGUGGUGCUGGGAAGACGGAAAGCACCAAACUGCUGCUGAAGUUUCUGUCUGUCAUGAGUCAGAACUCGACAGGCUCUCCGCUCUCAGAGAAAACCACACGGGUGGAGCAGGCCAUCGUACAAAGCAGUCCAAUAAUGGAGGCAUUUGGGAAUGCAAAAACCGUUUACAACAACAACUCCAGUCGCUUUGGCAAGUUCAUUCAGCUUCACUUCUCUCAGAGUGGCAACAUCCAGGGUGGCUGUAUUAUUGAUUAUUUACUUGAAAAGAACCGAGUUGUCCGGCAGAAUCCGGGAGAGAGGAACUAUCAUAUUUUCUAUGCCUUGUUGUCAGGCGCUAACCGUGAGCACAGAGAAAUGUAUAUGCUGGCUGAUUCUCCUGAGGCGUAUCAUUACCUGAAUCAGUCUGGCUGUGUAAAAGACAGGAGUCUGGAUGACAAACAGCUUUAUGAGAAUGUGAUGGAAGCAUUAAAGGUGAUGGAGUUCACUACGGAAGAGAUCCGUGAUGUCUUCAAGCUGCUGUCUGUGGUAUUACAUAUCGGCAACAUCGAGUUCAUGACCGCCGGGGGUGCUCAGAUCACCACUAAAGGAGUGGUCAGUGUUGUCAGUGAUCUACUGGGGCUCGACUCAUUCCAGAUGUCUGAGGUUCUGACUCAGCGCUCCAUGAUUCUGAGAGGAGAGGAGAUCUGCUCACCACUCACUGUGGAGCAGGCAACUGAUUCCCGGGACUCUGUAGCCAUGGCAUUGUAUUCACAAUGUUUUUCUUGGAUCAUCACCCGAAUCAACCAGAAAAUCAAAGGAAAAGACAACUUCAAGUCCAUCGGCAUUUUGGACAUCUUUGGCUUUGAGAACUUCGAGGUAAACCGGUUUGAGCAGUUCAACAUUAACUAUGCCAAUGAGAAGCUCCAGGAGUACUUCAACAAGCACAUCUUUUCCCUGGAGCAGCUUGAAUAUAACAGGGAGGGGAUACACUGGGAAGCCAUCGAUUGGAUGGACAACGCGGAGUGUCUGGAUCUGAUUGAAAAGAAACUGGGCAUGUUGGCUCUUAUCAAUGAAGAGAGCAGAUUCCCUAAAGGCACGGACUACACAUUGCUGGAGAAACUCCACAGCCGGCAUGCCACAAACCCUUACUACGUGAAACCAAGAGUGGCAGAUCACCAGUUUGGCAUUAAACAUUAUGCAGGAGAGGUAUUGUAUGAUGUACGUGGCAUUCUAGAGAAGAACAGAGACACAUUCAGAGAUGAUAUUCUCAACAUGCUGAAGGACAGCAGGCUCGAUUUCAUCUAUGAUCUGUUUGAGCGUGUUGGCAGCAGGAAUGGAGACGAGACUCUAAAGAUGGGCACUGCCCGUCGCAAACCCACCGUCAGCUCGCAGUUCAGGGAUUCCCUUCAUGCACUGAUGGCUACUUUAAGUGCCUCCAACCCUUUCUUUGUACGCUGCAUCAAACCCAACAUGGAGAAGAACGCAAAUAAAUUUGACACAGAUGUGGUUCUGAAUCAGCUGCGUUACUCUGGAAUGCUGGAGACAGUGAAGAUCCGUAGAGCAGGUUUUCCUGUACGGAGAACCUUCCAUGACUUCCUCAGCCGAUACACAAUGAUCUUGAGGGACAAAAACCACGCAGUGGAUGAGAGGAAGAAAUGUGCAGAUCUGCUUACGAAGUAUGAUGUCACAAAGAAAGAGUGGCAGUUGGGAAAGACUAAGGUGUUCCUAAAAGAAGCUCUGGAGCAAAGGCUGGAGAAGGAGCGAGAGGAGGUGCGCACAGCGGCUGGUAUGGUGAUCCGGGCCAACAUACUAAGUUAUGUGGCAAGAAAACACUAUAAUAAAGUCCGGGCCAGCACCAUCACAAUUCAAAAAAACUACCGCGCUCACUUUUGGAGGCAAGUCUUCCUGCGUUUCCGCUCCGCUGCCAUCAUUCUCCAGAAACACCUCCGUGGACAGCUCGCUCGCCAGCUCUACCGCCAGCUCCUGGAGGAGAAACAGAGGAGAGAAGAGGAGGAGAGAAUCAGAAGGAAGGAAGAAGAGAGGAGACGGCAAGAGGAACUGAGGAGGCUUGAGGAAGAGAGAAGAAGACAAGAAAAAGAGAGAAAGAGAGAGGAGGAAAUACAGAGGCUUCAAGAGGAGGAAUGGAGGAGGAGAGAGGAGCAACAGGAAGCUUUGCGGAUACAGCAGGAAGAGGAAGAGUUUAACAGGAGGCAGGAAGAGUUGAAAAGCUUACAGAUAUUGCAGGAGAGUGAGGACAGAGAGACAGGGCAUAGCAGGAAUCUUUUGGGGAAAAAUCACAGCCAAAAGAAGGAAGUGUCCCACAGCCAGUGUCAGUACUCCUCUGAAGAGGAGAGCCGUCAGAUGGAGGAGAUCCUGCGACUGGAGCGAGAGAUUGAACGGCUACAGAAACAAAGAGACGAAGGUGUGUCCUUGCUGAACGAGAGCUCCAGAGACGAACUGCGGCAGAAGAGCGACGCUGAGAUCUACCGCCUAGAGAAAGAGGCUUCGCGCGUGGCUACCGAGUUCCUGGAGAUGCUAGACUUUGGAGGGUUGGAGCAGUCGCUCUCCAGCGAGGAGAACCUUCACGACACAUCCGAGACCACUGCGCCUCUGGCAGAGGAAGAAGUGGAUGAAGGCUUCCACGCGGAUGACGAGUGCAUGCCCCUUGGCGAUUUCCCUCCCCCAGCUGUUACCGUUCCUCUGGACAAGGAGAUUCUCUCCAGUCUUCCACCUCCACCACCUGCCUUUGCAGAAGGUCUGGUGGCCACAUCCUCACCUGCACGGAUGGAGCGGCCAAAAUCUAAUUGCUCAAUUAAACAAAACAGACUCUUAGACAUCCCCCCACCUCCAACUUCUGCUCCACCCCCUCCUCCACCAGCACCAGCAUUAACCAAAGGAAAUUAUGGAGUGGUAUAUACAAACUCCAGGAAAACAGAGAUUGUACUGCCAGUGGAAGAGACUAGCUUUAGUAUUCUGCCAGAGACUGAGUCGGACUAUGACCAAGAGGAGUUUGAGGAGGCAUUGGGGAGUUGUGGGGAUGCAGGAAGUACAAACGACGGACACCUCACUGAUGAGGAAGUGCUACGUAGAUCUUCCUGUACCUACAACAGUAUGGAGUCAUUUAGGGGAAGUUCAGACUCGUUCAUUGACAGUAAUGAGGAGAAUGAUGAAUAUGUGGACACAGAUGAGGAGGUGUCAAAUGGUAGAGUGCAUCUAAUAAAUGGCAGUGGACCUCCAUAUUUCCACAGCUACCUGUACAUGAAGAGUGGGCUGAUGAUCCCAUGGCGCAGGCGCUGGUGUGUUUUGAAGGAUGAGACCUUCAUGUGGUUCAGGGCAAAGCAGGACUCUCUCAAGUCAGGCUGGCUGUACAAGAAAGGUGGAGGGAUGUCCACUCUGUCCCGCAGGAACUGGAAGAUGCGCUGGUUCGUCCUUCGAGACUCCAAACUCAUGUAUUUCGAGAAUGACAGUGAGGACAAACUGAAGGGAACCAUUGACAUCCGAUCUGCCAAAGAGAUUGUGGACAACCACGAGAAGGAGAAUGCACUGAACAUUGUGACUGAGGAGAGGACCUACCAAAUCUAUGCAGAAUCCCCUGAGGAUGCCAGUGGCUGGUUCAAUGUGCUGAGUCGAGUUCACAGUGCCACUCCAGAACAGCUUCUGCAGAUGCAGCACGAGCAGGCCAAUCCCAAGAACGCAGUCGGAACACUGGAUGUUGGGCUUAUCGACUCUGUAUGUGCCUCUGACAACCCAGACAGGCCUAACUCAUUUGUUAUAAUUACGGCUAAUCGCGUGAUACACUGCAACACUGAAACACCAGAGGAGAUGCACCACUGGAUCGGCCUCCUGCAGAAACCCAAAGGAGACUCUAGAAUAGAUGGCCAGGAGUUCAUAGUGAGAGGUUGGCUGCAUAAAGAGAUGAAGUCUAGUGGGAAGAGCACUUCUCUCAAGCUGAAGAAACGCUGGUUUGUUCUGACCAACAACUCACUAGAUUAUUACAAAUCAUCGGAGCGCAGUGCCUCUAAACUGGGCACACUGGUUCUCAACAGCCUCUGCUCUGUUGUUCAGCCGGAUGAGAAGGUCUUCAAGGAGACCAGUUACUGGAACAUAAUAGUCCAUGGAAGAAAGCAUUCUUACCGUCUCUACACCAAGCUACUGAACGAAGCCAUGAGAUGGGCUUCAGCCAUUCAGUCCACAAUUGACAACAAGGUUCCCAUAGAAACACCUACCCAGCAGCUCAUCAGAGACAUCAAGGAGAGCAGUCUUAAUGUGGAGGCUGUGGAGCAGAUGUACUGGAGGAACCCCAUUCUCAGAUACACCCAGCACCCACUACACUCGCCCCUGCUGCCUCUGCCAUAUGGGGAAGUUAAUGUCAGCUUACAAAAGGAGAAGGGUUACACCAGCCUGCAAGAUGAGGCAGUGAAGAUCUUUAACUCAUUACAGGAGAUGGAGGCUGUGCCAGACCCAAUGCCCAUCAUUCAGGGCAUCUUACAGACAUGUCAGGAUCUGCGGCCACUCAGAGAUGAAGUCUACUGUCAGCUGAUCAAACAAACCAAUCAUGUGCCUCAGCCCAACAGCCCUGCCAACCGCGCCCACUGGCAUCUGCUCACCUGCAUGAGCUGCACCUUUCUGCCCAGCCGGGGCAUAUUGAGAUACCUCAGAUUCCACCUGAAAAGGAUAAAAGAGCUGUUCCCUGGAACAGAAAUUGAGAUGUUUGCGGUCUUCGUUGGUGAAUCGCUGAAGAAGACAAAGACACGAGAGUUUGUGCCUUCCCAAGAAGAGAUCAUUGCUCUCCUGAACAGACGAGAGAUGACGACCACUGUUUACUGCCAUGGUGGAGGCUCCUGCAAGAUUUCCAUCAACUCUCACACCACAGCAGGAGAGGUGGUAGAGAAACUGAUCCGAGGUUUGGCAAUGGAGGACAGCAGGAACAUGUUUGCUUUGUUUGAGCAUAACAUCACGAUCGACCGGGCCGUGGAGAGCAGGGUGAUUGUGGCCGAUGUGCUGGCCAAGUUCGAGAGGCUGGCAGGAAGUGAGAUGGAGGAAGAUGGUCCAUGGAAGCUUUACUUUAAACUGUAUUGUUUCUUGGACGUGGAGAGCAUGCCCAAGGAAGGAGUGGAGUUUGUCUUCAUGUUUGAGCAGGCUCAUGAGAGUUUGAUAAGUGGUCACUUUCCUGCCCAUGAGGACACCCUCCAGCACUUGGCUGCUUUACGGCUGCAGUACCUGUAUGGAGACGUGUCUCGGGUAAAUUGGAACUUGGACGGCGUGUACCCCACCGGCCGUUUGCGCAACCGCAUACUUCAGUUCACUAAAGUGGGAGGCGCGGCCGGACCGGGACAUACCAUGGAAAGGAGGAGGACAAGCUUCCUGGAUGGCACACUGAGGCGUGGGCUGAAGACGGGCACCAUGAGGAAACAGCGCAGCCUGCAGGAGGAACAGAUGUUGGAAAUGUGGAUUAAGGAAGAGACUUCAGCCACCAGGGCCAGUGUCAUGGAGAAAUGGAGUCGACUGCAUGGUCUCGAUCAGCAUCAAGCAAUGCUCAAAUACAUGAACAUCAUUAAAGAGUGGCCUGGGUAUGGAUCAACACUAUUUGAUGUGGAGUGUAAAGAAGGUGGUUUCCCUCAUGAUCUCUGGCUGAGCGUGAGUGCUGAGAACGUAUCUGUGUAUAAGAGAGGGGAGGCCAAACCCCUGGAGACUUUCCCUUACGAACACAUCGUUUUCUUUGGAGCUCCUCACGCUAGCACUUACAAGAUCACAGUAGAUGGGAGAGACAUGUACUUCGAGACACCACAGGUUGGAGAGAUCGCCAAAAUAAUGAAAGCCUACAUCAACAUGAUAGUGAAGAAACGAUGUAGUGUCCGAUCAGUGUCCAGCUUUGGAAGCAACUGGAUCAGGUGAUGGGUGCUAUCCAGUUACUGUCAAGACAAGACUUCCUUUGAAGGAUGAACUCAAUAGCAUGGAUGUGAACUGAAGAAUAUAUGAGAUGAAAGGAGAAGAGACAUGACCCAGUAAGAGGACAAACAUCAUGUGUUUGUUCACCCUCACAAAUCAUUUGAAUUUUUGUCGACAACCACCCCUUUAACAGAGUAUUAUAACUUGGCACUAUAAGUUUCUAUCAAGUAAUUUGUUUGUUCACAGUGAAAGUGACACGGACAAUAAAAGAUGAUUAGAACAUAUUUAGAUGUUUGAUAUACAGUUGUGUGGAGCAGGAUUUUGGACCAUUGUGAUUUCACUGUGGGUGGGGCUACCCACUGCAACAUUACAGAAAUAAAAACCAAGCAACCAACAGUGGACAAUAUACUUUCGUUCAUCGCUUGUUGCCACUGGUAAGGACAGAAACUAAGGCAGUGUUCACACUAAUACGUAUUUGUUAGACCACUCAUUCAUUAGCUACAUUUAUGCCUCUCACCCUCACUAGAACAUUGUUUUCCUCCACCGAAAACAGAGUAUUUCGAAAACACUCUCCAAAACUGCAUACCUUGGAAAAUGAUGAUGUUCGAAAACUGAAAAACGGAUUAGUCUGGAUGCAUCCUAAGAGAUAGCUUUUAUCAAUUUUCGCUUUAACAUAUCGUGUCAGGUUAGGACAUGGUGUAAUGCUACUUUGCCAGCAAAUGUUCAUCGGCAAUACCUCAAAGUCCUGAAUGCUUUGUUCCUUUCCGUUUUCUGUCGGACAAUUUCAAGACUUAUUGGAACACUCUUUGAAGUGUUGAAGUGAAAAGAUCAAUACAGGGUCUUAAACGUUACAUGCUAAAAAAAACGACGUUUUGCUGAGAGGCUUCAAAGGCUAAUUACCUUAGUGAUUGCAACCUCUGAAAAUGUCAAGAGCAAUGUUAAAACUUGCCUAUUUGCCUUACUUUGUACAAGGGCUGCGUCAUAUACACUGGUGGCCAAAAAUUUGGAAUAAUGUACAGAUUUUGCUCUUAUGGAAAGAAAUUGGUACUUUUAUUCACCAAAGUUGCAUUCAGCUGAUCACAAUCUAUAUUCAGGACAUUAAUAACGUGAAAAAUAACUAUUAUAAUUUGAAAAAAAAAUGUCAGAACUUAAACUACUUCAAAGAGUUCUCAUCACAAAAUCCUCCACGUGCAACAAUGACAGCUUUGCAGAUCCUUGACAUUCCAGCUGUCAGUUUGUCCAGAUACUCAGGUGACAUUUCACCCCACACUUCCUGUAGCACUUGCCAUAGAUGUGGCAGUCUUGUCGGGCACUUCUCACACACCUUACAGUCUAGAUGAUCCCACAAAAGCUCAAUGGGGUUAAGAUCCAUAACACUCUUUUCCAAUUAUCUGUUGUCCAAUGUCUGUUUCUUUGCCCACUCUAACAUUUGUUGUUUUUCUGUUUCAAAAGUGGCAUUUUCUUUGCAAUUCUUCCCAUAAGGCCUGCACCCCUGAGUCUUCUCUUUACUGUUGUACAUGAAACUGGUGUUGAGUGGAUAGAAUUCAAUGAAGCUGUCAGCUGAGGACAUGUGAAGCAUCUAUUUCUCAAACUAGAGACUCUGAUGUACUUAUCGUCUUGUUUAGUUGUACAUCUGGCCUUCCACAUCUCUUUCUGUCCUUGUUAGAGCCAGUUGUCCUUUAUCUUUGAAGACUGUAGUGUACACCUUUGUAUGAAAUCUUCAGUUUUUUGGCAAUUUCAAGCAUUGUAUAGCCUUCAUUCCUCAAAACAAUUAUUGACUGACGAGUUUCUAGAGAAAGCUGUUUCUUUUUUACCAUUUUUAACUUAAUAUUGACCUUAAGACAUGCCAGUCUAUUGCAUAAUGUGGCAACUCAAAAACAAACUCAAAGACAAUGUUGAGCUUCAUUUAACGAACCAAAUAGCUUUCAACUGUGUUUAAUAUAAUGGCAAGUGAUUUUCUAGUACCAAAUGAGCAAUUUAGCAUGAUUACUCAAGGAUAAGGUGUUGGUGGUGCUGACUGACUAUACUUGUGAUCAGUUGAAUGCCACUUUGGUGAAUUAAAGUACCAAUUUCCUUCCGAAACAGCAAAAUCUGUACAUUAUUCCAAACUUUUGGCCACCAGUGUAGGUGGCUUUCUUUUUUACAGUUUAUCUUAAAGGAACCUUCACUCAGGUUCAUCAGGUUAAGAGAAUGAAGAAUGUUUUUUUCUCAGAAUUCCAAUGCCUUAAUGUCUUGCUGUAUUAAUCCCCAUGUAUUGUGCAUAAGGAGCUCUGGGUUGAGCUCAAGUAAAGUAUAGAUGACAUAAAAUAUAAGCAAUAUCUCAACAUUCAGUGCAGUGUUGUGGUUACUAUAGCAACAAGAGAAGAGGCUGGUCUUUCAGGAAAUAGUAUCUGGAAUGCCACUAUACUGAUACUUGUGAAAGCUGUGACACUCUUUGUGCUAUUUCAUAAAGCAAAAAGGUCAGUUGUAAAUUCUUUCUUUCAAAAAAUCCUUUUUAGUGUGUAAUUUUUAUUUUUAUUUUUAAGAGAGAUGUUUGUCUUUUUAAGGAAGCCUACAUAUAAGUGAAGGAUGAUUAUCGUGUGCCUAAAAGAGAGUGUAUAAAUGUGGGUGGGCUGGGUAUUUAUUCAAUGUUAGUGAUACUGUAUGGAUGUUGAUGUUGUGUUGAUGGCAUGUUGUGUACAGACUCCCUACAUCAAUAAUAUAACACAGUAAUAACAGGAGUAGAAUGGAGGAUAUUACUGUGGUAUCUCAUGCAAAGCUCUGUUCAAGUUUGCUCCUUUAAUGAAUCUAGUCAGCUGCUGGUCAGCUCAAAGAGUGAAGCCCCAUCAUUCAUUAUUAGUUUAGAGUCAAAAUAUUUCAGUUUGUGUCGAGGAUGAAAGUCACAAAUGUUUUUUUUUUUUUUUUUUUACAAAAUGCUUCAAUAAAUUAUUUCAA